ACUCACACUCUCACAGAGCGCGGCGUUGACAGCCACUGAUCAACCCACUUUGUCGGGGUUUGUGUCUUCAUGCAAGAGUGCUGAAAAAGAAACUCUGACUUUCUUUUUAUUCUUGAAAAGCAAUCGUGCACAGCCAACCCGAAGAGACCGUCCACGGCUGCAAAAUUCACUGAAAAAGUGAAAACAAAAAACCUCUGAAGUUACUUUUUUCUGGAAUCCCCACUGUCUCUGCACAACAAUGUCUGGAGAGGACGCACCUGCCCAGCAGCAAAACGCCGUGGACCAGAAGCAGGACACCAAGCCCGCCGAGGAACCCAAAGCCGAGCCGCCCAAGACGGAGUCCGCGGAGGCAGCGGCCACCCCGGCGGUGACUACCGAGAAGGCCCCCGAGGAGGAGACGUUCACCUACCGCUCUCUGGUGCUCACCGGCUACGGAGGCUAUGAUAAAGUCAAGCUGCAGGUGAAGAAGGGCAAGCCGGUGCUCAAAGCUGGCGAGGUUAUGGUCCGAGUCAAGGUCUGCGGGCUCAACUUCGCCGACCUGAUGGCCAGACAGGGUCUCUACGACCGGCUGCCGUCCCCUCCGGUUACCCCGGGAAUGGAGUGCUCCGGAGUGGUGGAGGCUGUGGGAGAAGAAGUAACUGACAGAAAAGUUGGUGAUAAGGUGAUGGUGCUGAAUCGCUUUGGGUUGUGGCAAGAGGUGGCUGUGGUGCCAGCCGGCCACACCUUCCUUAUCCCAGAGGGAAUGAGUUUUGAGGAGGCAUCUGCCCUCUCAGUCAACUACAUCACCGCCUACCUGAUGCUGUUUGACUUUGGCAACCUGCGGCCCAACCAGAGCGUCCUCAUCCAUGCUGCUGCAGGUGGCGUUGGCAUUGCAGCCACUCAGCUGUGCAAGACUGUGAAAGAUGUGACCGUGUUCGGCACUGCGUCAGCAAGCAAACAUGAGGCCAUCAGUCAGGGUGGAGUCACGCAUGCCAUCGACUAUCGCACCAGGGACUAUGUGGAGGAAGUUCGCAAGAUCAGUCCAAAAGGGCUGGACAUUGUGCUCGACCCUCUCGGAGGAUCAGACACCCACAAGGCCUACAAUCUGCUAAAGCCUAUGGGAAAGCUCAUCACCUAUGGUGCAGCCAACAUGCUGGCGGGUCAGAGGAAGAACUUGAUCGCCGUGGCUAAGAACUGGUACCACCAGUUCUCCAUCCACACGCUCAGCCUUAUUCAAGGCAAUAAGUCCGUAUGCGGAUUUCACCUGGGCUACCUGGACGGGGAGAUGGAGCUUAUCACCCAGGCCAUGAACACCAUCCUGGAUCUUUACAAGCAGGGCAAAGUCAAACCCCGCAUCGACUCUACCUGGCAUCUGGAGCAGGUUGGCGAUGCUAUGAGAAAGAUGCAGGAGAGGAACAACAUUGGCAAGGUGAUCCUCACCACCGAGCCAAUGCCGGAGGAGGAGAAAAAGGAGGAAACCAAGAAGGAGGACAAGAAAGAGGACAAGAAGAAGGAGGAUAAGAAGAAGGAUGACAAGAAGAAGGAUGAUGGAAAGAAGGAGGAGAAGAAGGAUGACAAGAAGAAAGAAGAGCCUAAAAAAGAGGAGAAGAAGGAAGAGAAGGAGGAGGAGAAGAAGGAAGAGGUCAAGAAGGAGGAGAACUGAGAGGCAAAGAUGGAUAGUCAAGCAGACCAGCAGCAGGGAGUUUGUGUCCUGGGAGCAGGGGAGGUGGCAGGGUUGAGCUUGGUGGUGGAGUUGCAGAGGGAUGGGGGUGUAGUGGUAGCAAAGAUGGGAAGGAGUUGGGAUAAAUUUGAAAUUAUCGCACCAAUCUCAUUCUUUUACCUCCCCUCUGCCUCACCUACUGGGUGAUUACUCAAGCCUGGCUGCUCCCACCUCCCUUUUCCUCUUCUGUUCUUUAUAUUUGCCUCUAAAAAAAAAUAUGAUCCUACAACCCCGUAUAUACUCUAAUCUCAUCUCCCACCCUCUCCUCUCACAGUGUUAAUCGAUUUUUGCUAUUUGGAAACAAAGCAUCAGGAGAGCCUUGGAGGAUGGUGGGUUUGGUCCAAGCCUGGGGGCAAAUUACCAUCUGCCUGACAACCUUAAUCUCCUUUCACACUCUGGCCCCACCCUUGACCCCCGAGCCGCCUCUGCAUCUCAACUCCCACCGUGCUAAAUUGUUCUGCUCUGACUUCCACCUGCCACCUCCGCUUUCCCCCCUCACUGUGCUGAGUUCCCCCCCACCACCACACUCACCUCCCACAGCAUCACCAGCCGGACCCACAGACAGGCACCAAAGGCAGGCGGAUAAACCGAGAACCACACCCACUCACUUGUAUGUUGUUUUCUGUGUCCAGCUCAGUUAUGUCACUAAAGAUGAGUCAGAGAUGCAUCUGAUUGGCUGAUGCACCUCACCUCCCUUGGAGAUAUUUUCAUUGUAGUUUCUGAUCAUCAUGUUUAACAACUUAGGAACUACUGAGCAAAAGAAAUGCUUUCCCAUCAAAUUCCAAUCAAGUUCAUGUCGUUGCUUUGCUUGAAUAUGAAUUUCCUCUCAUAAUGAACCUUUCUGUACUCUGUUGAAUAGAGUGGCUGAUAUUAUUUUCCAGCUUCCUUCUCCUUAGUUACAGAUUUUUCUGGCUAACCAACUGUUGGCAAGAAGUGCAGGGUGUCCAUUAAGAGAGAAAUUGUUUCUGUGCAAACACACAGACAUGCACGCUCUAAAUCCGAUGAAAGAGCCACUGUCGCACCACGACAGUGAGGUGCUUGAAUUGAGCAAGUGAAAAAGGUUAAGGGUUUUUUUGGGGGGUAUUUGUUUUCCUUUGCUCCAGACAUUCUUUCCUCCCUGGUCGUCCAAGAGGAAUUUCAUUGCAUUCCAUACUUCCUUUCGAUCACGCUGACCCAGGAGAGGCAAAUUCAGCCGGAGCUGUUGUCCAUGCUUUGCCUGCCCACCUCUUCCCUCUUCCUCCUCUUUCUGUUUCCCUCUAUAUGGUCGGCAUAGCAACAGGCGUCAGGCUCGUCAGAGAUGGCUCUGUAGUCUCUCUUUUUUCCUCCUCUAACUCCCUCUCUCCGUGCCUUGUUCUCUCUGGGUUUGCUAGCAUUUGGUCCUGUCAGCCAGUAUUUCAACAGGUUGUAGAUGUUUUAGUAAUAUGAAUAAAAGGAGAAGGUGAAGCAGUUUUUAAGCAUUUAAUAUCACUAACCUAAUUUCAACCUAUUAUAAAAUCUGAAAUGUUAUAUUGGCAGUUGGGUUCAUAUCCAGCUAAGUUUUUAUAAUUGUUAUUAAUGACUAAUAUUAAAACUACGUCAGUAACUCCAACAGUGAAAAUAACUGGAAUGUCCCUUUUAAUAAUUACAGGGUUGUGAAAAAGUAGUUACCCCCUUACAGAUUUCUUUAGUUUUUGCUUUGCUUGCUAAAUUAGCACCUUGAUCCCCCCUGAUAGACAUUGUAAAUUGCAUCUCGGUGUCAUCUGCUUUAAACAUGACUCUUGCCUGCCUGCCUGCCUGUCUCUGACUCUGGCUUCACUGUUCAGACUCAGAUGGUGACUAGUGACUUUGUAAAAAACAAACAAAAAAGUUGUUUCCAAAAACAAAAUGGGAAAAAAAAAGUUUUUGUGUUGGCAUGAGUGGCCUCCCUCAUGUGCCAUGUGUGGUGUGCCAUUGUGUGUGAAGAUGUGUGUGUGUCCUCAGGUCGUUUGUCAGGUUUUAAAAUCCCCCACCCUACCUGCCACAUUUCCACCUCACACGACUCUGCUACAGUAUGAUGUAGCGUCACAACGACCCUCCUUCCACCUCCAUCUCCCCCUCCUGUCUGAUAAGAGGCCUGUGUUACGAGAACAGUUGGUAUUAGUAUUUUGCACUCUGCUCGCUGAUCUUAAUGCACUUGCAAGCAUGGCGGUGGCACUCCUGUCCCACCCUGGCUUUUGGGGGAGGUUGGGGGUGGUGUUUUGCUCUACAUUUGCAGCCUGUAUCUCAUCCUUGCAGUGCAGGUGGCACAAACACAUUCACUUGUGUGAAGGUCCCCCUCAUUUGGGCCAACUUUUCAAAUGCAUUUAAUUUCUCCUUGGCUGUGGGAAGCAAAAUGCGGAGCUGGGUGAAAUGGACUGGGGUGCAACCGCCAUACUGGUGUGGGGAGUGAUGUGCUCUGUCAGCCUCUGGUUAGUGUUCUGUUCUAAUCUGCUGGGCUCCCUUUGUGAACCUGUGGACGGUGCUUCUGUUCCAGAGUGCCAUGUGAGAAGCAAUUGCUUCAGUAAAAAAAAAAGAAAGAAAAAAUGUUUUACUUACUAUGUUAUUUUUGAUUUACCUUUAUAUUUUUGUUUUGAUUUUUAGUUAUCCAAGGGUUUAAAGUUCAAAGCUCAUACAGUACUCUGUGGGGACCUGCUAACCUGCACUCCUUUUAAAUGUGAUAAAGUUUGUUUGUUUUUUGUUGGUCCAAACCAUGUGUGCCAAAUUGUAUGUAUAUUCCUCUGUCAAUGCUUUGAAUAUUAACAGUGCAUAAAAAUAUAUUU